UGACAGGCCGGAGGUGAGUCAACUGCGUUACAAUAGUCCAUUGGGUAUUGGCAAAAUCAUAAAUACCCGUAUAAAGUUUAUCCCGAUUAUCCACCCCUCUUCGCCUUUCUUUACUUACAGGAUUCGGAAAACGCUACGUUUCUCAACAACCUGUAUGUUUCAAUAGAAAUACCUAACUUAAGAGUCCAUUGAAUACGCACAACACCAGGCUUCGAAAAAUGGCUUCAACUCCGCCUUCUAAAAAUUCCAAGGAGGACUCCAAGGUCUCCAUUACGCCUCUCUUGAAGCGGCUUUGGAACGAAAACAACGGUCCAACACCCGAUGCUGAAGAAAUCGCGGCGGCCCUUGGUCUGAUCUUUGAUAAUAAACUAUCAGAGGUUCAAACAGGAGCACUGCUGACUUGCCUCCAUUUUACGGAGCGCGAUCGACAAGCAGAUGUGCUAUCCAGUUGUGCGCGAGUCAUGCGAAAAUUUGCAAGGAGAAUCGACUACGAUGCCUUGUCCGGAGUCAUCAAUGGACGAGGACGAAAGGAAGGCGGGUACAAGGGAGGAAUCUGUGACAUUGUUGGUACGGGUGGGGAUUCUCACAACACCUUCAACAUAUCAACAACGUCGAGUAUUCUUGCUUCUUCGCUUUUGCUGAUCGGAAAGCAUGGCAAUCGGGCAUCCACAUCAAAAUCCGGCUCUGCAGAUGUCUUGGCGUGUGCGCCGCCAAUAGCACCCAAAAUCGAAGCUGUAACACCCACCAGCUUAAUCGAAGUCUACGAGUCUACCAACUAUGCAUUCUUCUUUGCACCGGUUUUUCAUCCAGGAGGCCGCCACGCCGCGAGCAUUCGCAAGCAGCUCGGCUGGCGCACCAUCUUCAAUCUGCUCGGACCCCUUGCGAACCCUCUCCAUGAUUGUGUCGAAGGGAGAGUGGUCGGUGUUGCACGGCAAGCAAUUGGUCCCGAUUUUGCAGAAUCCUUCCGUCAAUCCGGCGUCAGAAAGGGCAUGGUCGUAUGCGGUGACGAAGAACUCGACGAAUUGAGCUGUGCUGGCCCUACGCAUUGUUGGCGCCUGCUUGAGAAUUCUUCCACAGGCGAGGUGGACAUCAACUACUUCACGUUGACUCCUGAAGAUUUUGGCUUGCCCCGUCAUCAACUGAGCGAAGUUUCACCUGGACAAUCUCCCGAGCAGAAUGCGGAAAUUCUUAUGAACCUGGUUCGUGGAAAGUUGAGCCCUGACGACCCGAUCCUUCAUUUUGUGUUGAUCAACACUGCCGCUUUGCUGGUUACGUCAGGGAUUUGCGAUGCUGACACUAGUGAUAUGGGACAUGGUGACGAUGGAGCUGUUAUAAAGGAAGUAGGUCCUGGCGGAGGACGCUGGAAGGAAGGAGUCCGGCGUGCGCGAUGGGCAAUCUCUAGCGGUGAGGCAUAUAGACAAUGGGAGGCGUUUGUCGAAGUCACGAACAGGAUUGAUGAGAAAACCAAAAAAGCAGCUGAAUAGAAAGCUCAAAAAGAAGCUCAAGAGAAAGCUCAAAAAGAAGCUCAAGAGAAAGGCUCAAAAGGAAAGCCGCAAAGAGGAACAUGUUAGAAGCUGACUACUCUGAUGGAUUCUGUUAUACAUAUCGAUGGAGAUAUUGAAAUUUGGGAUACCCUAUCUGCAAGCGC